UCAUUUUGGCGUUUGCAUUUCAUUUUCGAUCAGUGGAUUUUAUCUCUCAUGAAGUGAAGUAAAGGAAGUUGCGAUUUGAGUGGAAAUUUCGUGUGUGUUGUUUUGCUUUUGCGAAUAGGGAGUGAAAUUAUAUUUAGUGAACUAGGUAUAAUUUUAGAUUUAAUAUAAUACGUGUUUAUAUAGGUAAAUUUUACAAUGAACCGACUAUUCGGAAAAGCGAAGCCUAAAGAACCUCCACCAAAUUUAACAGAUUGUAUAGCGAAUGUUGAUAGCAGAGCUGAAUCCAUAGAUAAGAAGAUAGCACGGCUGGAAGCAGAAUUAGUAAAAUAUAAAGAUCAGAUGAAAAAAAUGAGAGAAGGACCGGCUAAAAAUAUGGUUAAACAGAAAGCUAUGAGAGUCUUAAAACAGAAAAAGAUGUAAGUUUCAAUUUCCUCUUUUUCCAUUUGUUGAUACAUU